AGAACACAGGGGUCAGACUCAAUUUCGUAUCACGCACUUGUAAGCUCGUUCUGGUACCCAGCGCGGCCUUACGUACGGAUAUGGUAUCGCGUCGAGUUGAUCACCGUGAGAAAAGAACUUCAGGGGACCACAAUGCUUACUUGAUAGCCUUAGAACAUAGAGGACAAGAGUUAGACUUAUCUAUAGUCGGCCACCCGACGAAGUGAUGGAGCUUCCAACUUUUUACUUUUUACAUGUUGCUCUCUACUCCUUCUUUAGGCUUCACUCCUUUACUGCCUACUUUCUGCCUCACUGUCUCUUAUCUUACCCAACAUGCUUUUCAAAGCCACAUUCGUUCUCUCUCUCGCUUUCGCAGCAGACGCAUUCGCCGUCAGGCGCGGGACCAAUGAUUGGUUUGCGCCUACUUCCGCCGACCGUCGCAGCCCCUGUCCAAUGGUGAACACUCUGGCCAACCACGGAUACCUCCCUCGUAGCGGCUUGAAUGUCUCUCUUGCAGACCUAAUUACCGGCUUUACGGCAGCCGUUAAUCUGGAUCCUGCUGCUACCACUUUAGUCGGACAAAAGGCUCUGCUCACGUCCACGACUGGUAACAACGCGACAUUCAACCUGGACGAUCUCAAUACCCAUGGCAUCAUCGAACACGACGGUAGUCUGAGCCGUAACGACAUUUACUUUGGCGACAACCACUCGUUCAAUAAAAAGAUUUGGGAAUCGGUAGCGGUCGCCUUUACGAACACUAGCAUCAGCAUCCCAACAGCUGCCAAGGCGAGGGUUACGCGCUUGCAAGCCGCUGCUGCUGCUAAUCCUGUCUUCAACUUGACGGCCGAUGGUACUCAAUUCAGCUUCAUUGAGACAGCUCUCUAUCUCUCUGUUUUCGGAAAUCUAGAGGAUGGCAAUGCCAACACCGAAUGGGUCAAGAUCUUAUUCACGCAAGAACGCCUGCCAUUCCAGGAGGGAUUCUCAAGGGCAAGCUCGCCAAUCACUGCAGCAGGAAUCCUGGGCUUAGUUGCUAAAGUCGCGGCUGCAAGUGUUUGAUGUAAUAUUUCCAAUCGCUGUAGCUUGUGGGCAACGCUACGACCUGCUGAAACGAUGUGUGGAAACCUUUGCCCGUAUAUGUAGGCGUACCCAGAAAGCCGAAUUCACAUAAGCCCUUUACCUCAGUAUUUGAAUUUUACCACUCUGAAUGGAAGAUGUAUCUCAAGGAAAUGUUUUGAUCGCUCAGUAUACUUCGUGUAUUUCUUUUGAAUCGCUGGCUGUCUUCAAAUGACCCUGCUCUGGGUUUUAGAUUUUCGAGAGCCGUGGUAUUAACACAAUAUGUUGGCUGGAGAAAUUCGAAGCUUAGACGUGAAAAAUCAC